ACGUCACCAGCCCGGUUCCCUCUCCCGGGAGCGUUGGCGGACGCGCGGCUCCCACCCCCUCCCCUCUCACGGGCUCUCCCCUCCCCGGUGGCGGCCGCGGCCCGACCCUCUGCAAGGCGAUGGCCCGGGCCCCGAGCGCGGGCUAGCGUGCCUGGGUGCCCGGCCAUGGGCUGUAUCGGCUCUCGGAGCCCGGCGGGUCAGGCAUUUCUGGGGACCACCAGCUGGCUGAGGCUCAGGGACAGAGACGGCUGCUCCAGCUAAAGUGGCCUCGGAUCCGGCGUGGGCUGUGGAGUGGAUCGAACUUCCUCGGGGCCUCUCUCUAUCUUCCUUGGGAUCUGCUCGGACCCUCCGAGGCUGGAGCCGGUCCUCCCGCCCUUCCUCAGUGGACAGCCAGGACUUGCCAGAGGUGAAUGUUGGAGACACAGUCGCGAUGCUGCCCAAGUCCCGAAGAGCCCUAACUAUCCAGGAGAUCGCUGCGCUGGCCAGAUCCUCCCUGCAUGGUAUUUCCCAGGUAGUGAAGGACCACGUGACCAAGCCCACUGCCAUGGCCCAGGGCCGAGUGGCUCACCUCAUUGAGUGGAAGGGCUGGAGCAAGCCAAGUGACUCGCCCGCUGCCCUAGAAUCAGCCUUUUCCUCCUACUCAGACCUCAGUGAGGGUGAACAAGAGGCUCGCUUUGCAGCAGGAGUGGCCGAGCAGUUCGCCAUUGCAGAAGCCAAGCUCCGGGCAUGGUCAUCAGUGGAUGGUGAGGACUCCACCGAUGAAUCCUAUGAUGAGGACUUUGCUGGGGGAACUGACUCAGACACGGCUGGGCAGCUGCCCCUGGGGCCCCACCUCCAGGACCUCUUCACCGGCCACCGAUUCUCCCGGCCUAUGCGCCAGGGCUCCGUGGAACCCGAGAGCGACUGCUCGCAGACCGUGUCCCCAGAGACCCUGUGCUCUAGUCUGUGCAGCCUGGAGGACGGGUUGUUGGGCUCCCCGGCCCGCCUGGCUUCCCAGCUGCUGGGCGACGAGCUGCUCCUCGCCAAACUGCCCCACAGCCGGGAAAGUGCCUUCCGCAGCCUGGGCCCAUUGGAGGCCCAGGACUCGCUCUACAGCUCGCCCCUCACAGAGUCCUGCCUUUCUCCCGCUGAGGAGGAGCCAGCCCCCUGCAAGGACUGCCAGCCGCUCUGCCUGCCGCCAGCGAGCAGCUGGGAACGGCAGCGGCAAGCCUCUGACGUAGCUUCUUCUGGGGUGGUGUCCUUAGACGAGGAUGAGGUGGAGCCAGAGGAACAGUGACCCACAUCAUGCCCGAUGGUGGCAUGUGUCCCCUGGCCGCUGCUGGGGGCAGAGCCUCUGUGCCCAAGCACGGGCGAGGCUUCCAGCAGAGCUCCAAAGCCUGGAGGGCUCCUGGGAGCACUCACUCCUCCAUUGUGUGUUUGCAUGAAAGUGUUCAGAGGAGGCAGGGGCCAGGCUGGGGGCGCAUGUCCUGCCCCCACUCCUGGGGUUUGCCGGGGGUUGCCCGGGGCCCCUGGGGCAUGGCUACAGCUGUGGCAGACAGUGAUGUUCAUGUUCUUAAAUCAAAACCACCACGUGCACAUUUCCCCCUCGGGUGAUGUGAACCCCUAUGGGGGCAGCUGUGACUGGGCUGUGUGGGGUGGAGCGGGACGGAGCCCUGCCUCCCCGCCCCCUCCCCCUGCCUCUCCUCUGCUUCUCUCCUCACCUCCGAGUCCAUGUGUAGUGCUUGACAGAACUGCCCCCGCCCGGGGUGGGGGGCUGGCUCUGACCCUCCUGGAGCCUCUGGAUUGAGCUGUCCCCCCAAGGGCCCCUCGCCCAGCUGGGCUCGUGCUGUGCUUCACCUGUCCAUCGUCUCUAAAUCUUCUUUUUCCUAAA